UAGAUAAUCUAAGCAGCAAAGCAAACAGACAAUCCAAGGAAGCAACGAUUUCCAAAAAAGGCAACCAAUCUACAGCAAACUACCUAGCAGGGUCUCUUUUCUUAUACUUCGACAUUCAGAUUGCCUGCAAUCUUGGAGUUGAACACAGAAGAAACAGAGAGAGAGAGAGAGAUUGAAGCUUCUGGGCAAGGAAGAAAUGGGGACUUUAUCUGCCUCUCUUGUGCUUCCAGCAAAGCUAAAUCCAGAAAAGCAAACAUCUGAGCUUUUAUACAGAACCAGGAAAAGAUCCAGGAACAGGAAGCCCCAAUCCUUUGUUCCUAUGGCCAGGUUAUUUGGGCCAGCCAUAUUUGAGGCAUCAAAGCUAAAGGUUCUAUUUUUAGGAGUUGAUGAAGAGAAGCACCCAGGAAAGCUUCCAAGAACAUACACACUUACACACAGUGAUAUCACCUCUAAGCUCACUCUGGCCAUCUCUCAAACAAUAAAUAAUUCCCAGUUACAAGGUUGGUAUAAUAGGCUGCAAAGAGAUGAAGUAGUUGCAGAGUGGAAGAAGGUGAAGGGGAAAAUGUCACUUCAUGUUCAUUGCCACAUAAGUGGAGGCCAUUUAUUGUUAGAUUUAUUUGCUAGACUUAGGUACUACAUCUUCUGCAGAGAACUCCCUGUGGUUCUGGAGGCAUUUGUUCAUGGAGAUGAGAAUUUGCUGAAUAAUUAUCCAGAAUUGCAGGAAGCUUCAGUGUGGGUUUAUUUCCACUCAAACAUUCCGGAAUUCAACAAGGUAGAGUGCUGGGGCCCACUGAAGGAGGCAUCUUCAACCGGUGGUGGUGGCGGAGGGCCCCACUCCAGCAAGGAAAGCUUAGCAAGCAACCCGGAUAUGCCACAGCCUUGCCCAGAAUCUUGUGAUUGUUGCUUCCCUCCAAUGAGUUUGAUUCCUUGGUCCUCCUCCUCACACGACCUCUCGGGCCCCGCUCCCCCUCCUCCCCCGGGAGUGGGCCAACAAAGCUAAAUUAAAAUUCUAAUUCCGUCUAUCUCGAGAUUCAGAGGGGGAGGCGGAGAUGGAGAAAGUAAAUUACAGGAUGUGUUUCAAUGAUUUAUGCCGCCAGUAUACUGGUGGCUAAAGCUAAACUAAACUAAACUCCAGUAGGUGAAUUAUUACUUCAUCUUGUGUAGUAAAAACACCCACAUAUAUAUAUAGUUCAACAUGUAAAUAAUACUGCUGUAGAUUUUUUAGAUAUUUUUUUUUAAUGUGUGCUGUUUUGUGUUUGGAAUUUA